AUGGCUACCAAGGAAGGCCUCAUCGAAGCGUUUCCUACCAGCUCCCCUACUGCCAAACCGCAACGCCGUCAAAAGUGGUACCACCUCUUCGGCAAAGAUGUGAGCCAUGUCUCUGUCGAUGAAGGCUACGAGGUGGGCUCGGAGACCUCUUCCCUGGACGAGGGUGUUGUCGAUAACCACCACAACAUAUGGGAAGCUCCCGAAGCACACGACAUCUACAAGUUCGUGGAUGGAUUUGAGGGUGCCCACCGAUUUGAUGCUACGGCCAAGUGGACAGUGGAAGAAGAGAAGAAGUUGAUCAGGAGGCUCGACUGGCGAGUUGCUCUUCCAGCAUGCAUCAUGUUCUUCGCCCUCCAACUAGACCGCGGCAACAUCACCCAGGCACUUUCCGAUAACAUGCUCAAGGACCUCGGCCUGAACACCGAUGACUACAACAACGGCAUGACUAUCUUCUACUGCUCCUUCUUGUUCGCCGAAUUGCCGUCCCAGGUGAUUGGCAAGAAGCUCGGACCCGAUGUCUGGAUUCCGAUACAAAUGGUCCUGUGGAGCGUUGUUGCCAUGUCGCAAGCCGCCCUCCACGGAAGAACCAGCUUCUUCAUUUGUCGGUGGCUUUUGGGAAUGCUCGAGGGUGGCUUCAUUCCUGAUACCAUCCUAUAUCUGUCCUACUUUUACAAGAACUCCGAGCUUCCACGCCGUCUGAGCUGGUUCUGGACUUCCUACCAGAGCACCCAGAUCGUUGGCGCGUUCCUCGCCUACGGCAUUCUCCACCUCCGAGGCCACAGCGGUCUGCAUGAGGGCUGGCGGUAUCUGUUCCUCAUUGAAGGCGCCCUCACCGCCACCAUAGGUAUCCUGACCUUCUUGUACCUGCCGCCCUCGCCCACACAAACCGCACGAGUCGGCUGGAAGGGCCUACUGCGCCCGAAAUCAGGCUGGUUCAACGAGCGCGAAGAAGUCAUCAUGGUCACACGUGUCAUCCGCGACGAUCCUGGCAAGGCUACGAUGCACAACCGACAGGGCUUGAGCUUGACUCUCCUGUGGGAAGCUCUGACAGACUACGAUAUGUGGCCAAUCUAUCUCAUUGGGCUUUCCUGGACAAUCCCCAACACCCCGCCGAUGGCAUAUAUCACGCUUACCUGCAAGGCUCUCGGCUUCGACACGUUCGAGACCAACCUGCUCACCAUCCCCGCCUAUACCCUCUUCAUCAUACAGCUUCUCUUCUGGACGUGGGUGUCGGAGAAGAUCAACCAGCGCAUCCUCCUCGGCAUCGUGGGCCAGUUCUGGUCCCUACCAUUGCUCAUCGCCCUGGUCACCCUCCCACCCGUAUUCGCCGGCUCCAACUGGUCCAAAUGGGUACUCUCAACCCUCCUAGUCGGCUAUCCCUACAUCCACGCCAUCCUCGUAGCCCUCACCUCUCGCAAUGCGGGCUCGGUUCGUACACGCACAGUCGGCUCUUCGCUGUACAACAUGGCCGUACAGCUCUCCAAUAUCUUCUCCUCCCAGAUCUACAGACAGAACGACAAGCCGUACUACUACACCGGCAACAAGGCCCUGUUGGGGGUUCUGGCGUGGAAUGUCUGCGUGUUCGUCUUUGCGAAGGUGUACUAUGUCACGAAGAACAACAAGCGGGAUAAGAUUUGGGGUGGGAUGAGUCGGGAGGAGAGGGUGCAUUAUUUGAAGACGACGGAGGAUAAGGGGAAUAAGAGGCUGGACUUUAGAUUUGGUUCUUAG